AGAUUUGGAAUUAUAUCUGAGGGUUGAACUGUGCUACCCUUCACCAGCUGCUGACGCUAUAAAAUAUGAGGAGAGGAUAAACGGCGGUGGUCUGGUUUCUACAGCGCCGUAUUGGUCGCAAACGAGUCGACCUCGGGCUGUUUGCAAGCGAUGGAGAAAAUCUGUGAAAUGGUCGACUGGAGAAGUAAUCGUCGAAUACUUCCAAUGUGGCUUCCUGGGUUAGGAGCAUGGAGCAGACGCACGCAAAAACGCGUUAUACGAAGGCUAUGGGUUCAUAUCCUGCAAAAGAUUCCACCUGGGUUUUGUCUUCGGAAAUGCACUUUGAAAGUAGUGGGCGUGCAGAGUCCUUUGAGGCGUGAGGUUUCCAGGUGUUGAACUCGACUUUCUGCAGGCGACAGAUUCUUACUUGGGCCGCCCCGAUGGUAGCUCAUGCUUCGGAUACCCCACCGAAUUCGCCGCCAACGGGACGUGUGACUCACAUGGCGUGAGUUUACGACUGCAGACACUUGAGAACCUGUGUCGCUCGUAAGUCAACAAGCAAAGUCACUCUUUCGGACACCGUUACGUCUGUUCUGAAUCGGCUUUCGGGAUGUGACCGAGUGAAACGCGAGAGAACAGCUGUUAGUUUAUUUUUUCUCAGUGCACUCUAAAACACAACCUACAUUUUAUUGGAAACUCUUUCCGGCGAUUUCGCGUCAAAUUUUUAUAUCCG